AUGACAACCAACUUUGACAUCCUCGUCCUUCCCGGCGACGGGAUCGGACCCGAAGUCAUGGCCGAAGCCGUGAAAGUCCUACAAGCCUUCGGGAGUCAGAGCCGGAAAUUCAACCUCCGCCAUGAGCUCAUCGGCGGCUGCAGCAUCGACGCGCACGGCAAAUCCGUCACGGAGGAAGUCAAGCAGGCGGCUCUGGCAUCCGACGCCGUCCUGUUCGCAGCUGUCGGCGGUCCCAAGUGGGACCACAUCCGCCGGGGCCUCGACGGGCCCGAGGGCGGCUUGUUACAGCUUCGCAAGGCAAUGGACAUCUAUGCGAACCUCAGACCGUGCUCGGCUAGCUCGCCGAGCGCGUCGAUCGCGAGGGAGUUCAGCCCGUUCCGGCACGAGGUCAUCGAGGGCGUGGAUUUUGUCGUGGUGAGGGAGAACUGCGGCGGGGCGUAUUUUGGAAAAAAGAUCGAGGAAGAAGAUUAUGCAAUGGACGAAUGGGGCUAUAGCGAGCGCGAAGUCCAACGCAUCACCCGCCUCUCGGCGGAGAUCGCGCUCCGGCACGAGCCCGUCUGGCCGGUAAUUUCUCUGGAUAAGGCGAACGUGCUCGCCUCCUCGCGGCUCUGGCGCCGCGUCGUCGAGAAGACCAUGACAACCGAGUACCCGCAGGUGAAGUUGGUGCAUCAGCUGGCGGAUUCGGCGUCGCUGAUCCUAGCAACCAACCCGCGCGCCUUGAACGGCGUCAUCCUGGCGGAUAACACAUUCGGCGACAUGAUUUCGGACCAGGCGGGUUCGAUCGUCGGGACGCUGGGGGUGCUGCCCAGCGCCAGUCUGGACGGGCUACCCAGUGAUACGAGGAAGAGGACGAACGGGCUCUAUGAGCCGACGCAUGGCUCGGCACCGACCAUCGCGGGCCAAAACAUCGCCAACCCGGUCGCCAUGAUUCUUUGCGUGGCGCUCAUGUUCCGCUAUUCAUUAGACAUGGAGGCCGAGGCGCAGCAGAUUGAACGUGCAGUGCAGAGCGUCUUGGACGGUGGGAUUCGCACACCUGACCUGGGAGGGAAAGCAGGGACGAACGAGGUUGGAGACGCGAUUGUGGCCGCUCUACGAUAG